AUGGCCCUUACCCCCACUUCCCCCGUCGCGAAGCAGUCUGGAUCCUUACGAGGUACGAACAAUCAAGAUCAGAAUCCCCAUCCUCAUCGUCGAGCUCCAGGACCACGGGAUCCGUCCGUGCCACAUACGGAAGACGGAUGGUUGCAGGCCGUCCAGUCCGUCACCGUCGUCGGUGACAGUGACGGUGGGAGAGACGCUCCUGAGGUCUACCAAGAGGCUGGCAAAGAGGUUGAGCCAGAGCAGGAGAAGGAACACUACAUUAUUUAUAACCCUGACCGUACACAGCAUGACCAUGGGGCCGCGGCUACAGGCAACCCGCGCAAGCAAGGUGAGGGCAGUUCUUCAUAUCGACUGUACUUGAACACUGGCCUCACCGCAAGUGCUAGGACGUCCGCGACAUUGACACCUUCGGCGACUCGCCCAUCAGUCAGCUCAGUCCACUCUGUUUCGACGGGCCCGAGCUCGCCGACGUCGUCUCCCUCAAACGCUCCAGGGACAGCCGAGAAGGCCGAUUUCAAAUUUCCCAGCAUCGCCAUCACGGGCUCUGGAUUGCCACGACUCACCAAGCUGUUUCUAUUUGCGCUUCACAGUUCCAACGAUAGCGCUACCCUCCAUAUCAAGGGAUCUGACUCUUCUGGCUGGCGAGCGUGGGGCCAGGUUUCUGUGAUCAUUUCUCUCUUCAAAGGCUCAUCUUUGGCUGCGGCGUCUUGGACAGAUGGCGAUUAUGACCAGCUUCGCCUCUAUUACCUCGACGCCAAUGCUGAGCUUGUAGAACUCGCCGCCCGAUGCCAAAAUGAGAUCGAAUGUGAUUGGAAUGGAGAGAAAAGUCUCGUCCGUGAUGGCGCCUCCAACACCACCGGCUUGACUAUUUCGCAAUGGGCAACACUACCAGUGCAGCCGGGAUCCAGCUUCGUCUCUUAUCCAUGCGCGCCGGGACAGACCAUUGGCCAAGACAGUAGUCUUUCUGCCAUAGCAGAUAACAACACCGAUACUCUCGAGCGAUUGUUCUAUACCAACCCGGAUGGCGAUUUCAAGGCUUUGAGGCGCAACGUUGGCUACGCUUUCGCUCUUACGGAUGUCUGGUUUACGAACACCUCAUACAAACCUGCGCUCUACAACCUCGCCACGCGCUUGUAUCCGAGUCCGGACCUGUCCAAAUCCUACUUGACAGCCAAGCAGAUUGCGGAAGACCGCUCCGUGGCUGAAGCUUGGAAAGAAGCUUCGGGACAAGAUUGGGCUACUGAGGCCAGCGCGGACGCCGUGUCAGGGGCCUGGGCUCGGGCUGACGACGUCGGAGGUGCCAUCGCGUGUAUUGGAUGGAUUGACGAGAAUGGUCAAGCCAACCAACAUCUGAUGUAUAGCGUCGGCGGCGCCAUGACGGAGUACUGGCUUCAUGAUGGAACUUGGUCUCACACCGCGAUUUUUGAUUGA